GCCGGGGCCGCCCGCCAGCCCGCCGCUCCGGAGGAGACCUCCAAUGGAUUGGACGAGCCGGCCCACUCGUGGAAAGAGAGAAAUAUGCACCACUUCCCACUUUGUCCACCUUGUUGAUCAUUCCCUACAAGACAAAAAAGCAACACGGCAGAGUGGCGAGGAGGGGGCCAGCCAGCAACCGAUAUGGACCGGAGGACCUGACGGCGGAAAAAUACUCCCCCCUACCGUCAGAAAAAAAAAAUCGGUGGGUGAAAACUCCCCAGAAUCGGUGCCGGUUUCGUUCAAAAAAGAGCGAAACAAGGCGGGUGGUUUGUGCAAAUCAUGCAGGAUGAUGCGGCGAGGGUGACACGCACUCUGACGCCGCCGUCCAUAGAGGAGGAACCCGCAAAUCGGGCCCGAGAGCCGGCGUCAACGGAGCCCCGCCGCCGCCCGGUGCCGGAUUACGAGUGCGGCUUCCCUCCGACUCGGCCCGCCCGUGACCUUCAAUUCGGGCCGGAAAGCGAGCUCGCGGCCCGUUCCUCGGCCCUCGAAGACACUCAUGCCGCGACGCCGACUUCCGUGAUGGACUCCCCCGUGAGCCAGCACGUCAGCGACGGCAAUGACAACAUGUUGUCCGGAGGUCUGGGCGCCGCCUUCCCGGAGAUGCAGAGCACCGGCGACAGCGACUCGUCGUCGCACUCCCUGCCGGGUUUCGGCACGCCUUGGUCGGUGCAGACGUGCAGCUCGUCGCCCCCUCCUCCCACGGCACCACCUGCAGCCGGUUCGGACGGCGGCAACGGUGGCGGCUUCUACGCGUCCUCCUCCGUCAACCCGGCCUUCUUCCAGGGUUUCUCGGCUAAUCCGUGUUCCGGGAUUAACACGCACGGUUUCGGCGGGCAUUUCUCGCCGCAGAACCGGAGGUCGCCCAUCAACCCGCAGAUGCACAACCAGCAGGGCGCCUUCCUGCAGCAGAGGAACAUCUACAACCAACAUCAGCCCGUGACGAAGGCGUCGCCAUGGAGCGCCCACCAGGGUAACGGCUGGAGCACGGGGGGUGCGCCCUGGACCCGGGACCACCGCAAGGGACACGCCUCCUCGCCCCACAAGAAGAACUUCCAGGGCGGAGUCAUCGGCCCGCCCAAGUUCCCGCGGUCUGCUGCCUCUCACGGACGCAAGUCUUGGCUGGAGGACAACGUGUUCCGAACGGACGGCAACUGUAACACCUUGAUGCCCCUUCAGGAGCGCUCCAGGAUGUACGAGAGUCUCAACAUGCACUCGCUGGAGAGCUCUCUGAUUGACAUCAUGCGGGCCGAGCAGGAUCCCGUGAAAGGCUUAAUGGGAUGCUUGAACCCGGCGGCCGACGGGCUCCUCAUGCUCAAUGCCAGGAGCUAUGGGAGACGUCGAGGGCGCUCGUCUCUUUUCCCUAUCGACGACAAUCUGCUGGAAGACGGGCACGCCAACCCGGGGGUUCUCAGCUCGGCCAUCUUCCCGCAUCAGAACGGAGAAUGCAUCGAGCGCUUCUCCCGCAAGGUCUUUGUGGGCGGGUUGCCACCUGACAUCGAUGAAGACGAGAUCACCUCCAGCUUCCGACGCUUCGGUCACCUGGUGGUGGAUUGGCCGCACAAAGCCGAGAGCAAGUCCUACUUCCCGCCCAAAGGCUACGCCUUCCUGCUGUUCCAGGAGGAAACGUCAGUGCAGGCUCUCAUCGAAGCUUGCAUUGAAGAGGACGGCAAGCUCUACCUGUGCGUCUCCAGUCCCACCAUCAAGGAUAAACCUGUGCAAAUCCGACCGUGGAGCCUGAGCGACAGCGACUUUGUGAUGGACGGAUCUCAGCCGCUGGACCCCCGCAAGACCAUCUUCGUGGGAGGCGUCCCUCGUCCCCUCAGAGCGAUCGAGCUCGCCAUGAUCAUGGAUCGCCUCUACGGCGGGGUCUGUUAUGCGGGGAUCGACACCGACCCGGAGCUCAAGUACCCCAAGGGGGCGGGGCGAGUGGCCUUCUCCAAUCAGCAGAGUUACAUCGCCGCCAUCAGCGCUAGAUUUGUGCAGCUGCAGCACGGCGACAUCGAUAAGCGGGUGGAGGUGAAGCCGUACGUCCUGGACGACCAGUUGUGUGACGAGUGCCAGGGCGCUCGCUGCGGUGGCAAGUUUGCGCCAUUCUUUUGCGCCAACGUCACUUGCUUGCAGUACUACUGCGAGUUCUGCUGGGCUAACAUACACUCGCGCGCCGGACGCGAGUUCCACAAGCCGCUGGUCAAGGAAGGCGCCGACCGCCCGCGUCAGAUCCACUUCCGAUGGAACUAGAAGCGAGCAGUUUAAUGCUUAUAGCGCUUAACCAGGUGGGUGUCCAAACUACCGCCAUUUUGGACAAAAGAGCGGCAUAAAACAUUACAUUUUCAGUCGUAAUUGUCUGCAACAGUGGUUCUCAAAGAGUGGUACUACGGCUCCCUCUAGUGGCAUGCAAGGGAAAGAGGGUUACUGCCAUUAGAGUACAUUAAUCAAGUACAGUCCAGUUGUAUUAAACAAAUAUUUAAGAACAACUCUGCUUUGUAGUACAACAAAAACUCAAUUUAAGCAUUUAUAUAGGGCAAGUGACUAUUAUUGGUCAUUUAAAAAUAUUAUAAUUGUAUUUGAGACCUGGCGUACACAUGUAUAGAUAUCACAUACAGUAUAUUUGUAUGUAGCUUUACAUGUAAUACUAAAGCUAAUAUAUAUAAUAUUCUACUUGUCCUACAAUUUUUGUCCAAAUCACAUUAUUUAUACAUUAAAAACAAAAUUCAGGACGCUGAAAGACAAAAAAGGUCUUCACAGUUUUUGCUAAAGUUUCAGCCAAAAUUUGCCCAAAACGUACCCAUUUAUUUCUAAUGGGCAAAAUUUACCAUUGAUUUCCAAUGGCCCUAUUCGCCACUCAUCUCAAUAGCACAAAAACCUCCUUUCACUCUGAUUGAUUUCUAACACUAGUGACCCCAUUUCAACAGGAAGUGACCCCAAAAUCACCAAGAAAUGACCUGUGUCAACAGGAAGUGACCCCUGCCACAUUAAAGCUACAAUCGCAAUUUCUCCAGAAAUUUUCUGCAUUUUCUAGUUUUUAUUACCAUUUAUCAGUAUUACUUUUUUUAAUUAUAAAUAAAUAUAAUUAUAAAGUAAUACAUUUAUUAAAAAAAAAAAAGACUUAAAUGAAACUACAUACAUAAUAAUAACUAAAAUGGCUUUAAUACUGAAUUUUAAAAAACUUUUUAUAUUAUGAGUUGUUUAUUAAAAUAAAAUCAAAACAAAACAAUCUAACAACAUUUUUAAUCAAGAAUUGUAUAUUUAUCUUUUUUC